AUGCCGCUGUCCGAAUGGGAGAAAUUUGUGACUUCAUAUCAUGAAGUCAAUAGUAUACAAAUUCCUCGAUGGGUUCAUUAUGAACCAGAAGCCUCAGUUGAAUUUCAUGUUUUUUCUGAUGCCUCGGAAAAGGCAUAUGCGGGGGUGAUAUAUAUUCGGGUGGAAACACCCAGAGGGAAAAUUUAUUCACAUAAGACGAAUUGCUACUCGUAUGACACAAUUACGCUAUCUGAUAAUGAAAUAAGACAUGUGAAACUACGUUUGGCCAUUGUGACUCAAAAGGUAAAAUUUACGGAAGAAUACAAGAGUCAAUUGGAAAAAAGACCAAUUUCUUCUAAAAGUAGCCUGUUGCCCUUAAAUCCUAUUCUUGACAAGGAAGGUGUCAUGAGACUUAACGGUAGAUUGGCUAGAUCACCUUCAUUGGCUUACACGGAAAGGCAUCCUAUUUUAUUGCCCUAUGCAUGUCGUUUCACUCUUCUUUUAGCGGAAUUUAUUCAUAAGAUUUCCAUUCAUGGUGGAAAUCAACUUAUGCUGCGAAUAAUACGAAUCGAAUAUUUGAUUCCUCGUGCAAAAACCCUUGUUCGGACUGUGGUAAAUAAGUGUAAGCAAUGUAUCUUAGAUCGUAAACGAGCUUGCACUCAAAUUAUGGCUGCUUUACCUCCAGAACGGACUGCUUUAGAUCGACCGUUUACGACAACUGGCGUAGAUUUCGCUGGCCCAUUUGAUAUGAGAAAUUUAAAUGGUAGAUCGUGUCAGAUCUUAAAGGCCUAUGUAUGUAUCUUAGUAUGUUUUUCCACGAAAACCAUACAUCUAGAAGUAACUUCGGAUUUAUCAACGGAUAAAUUCUUAGCGGCAUUUAACCGAUUUAUAUCAAGACGCGGUUGUCCACUUACGGUUUUUUCAGAUAACGGGACGAAUUUUGUAGGAUCUUCUAGAGAGUUAGAACGAGAGUUUAAAACCUUUUUAUUAGAGUGUAGGGCUAGGAUGUGUAUGGCGUACGGCAUCAACGGCCUUUCUUGGCGUUUUAUUCCUGCUGGAGCACCUCAUAUGGGUGGUUUAUGGGAAGCUGGAGUUCGAAGUUUUAAACUUCACUUCCGUAAAGAAGCCCAUUCCGGCAAAUACACUUUUGAAGAACUUUCGACGGUCCUUGCUAGAAUUGAGGCAUGUCUAAAUUCUCGACCUCUUCGUCCUAUAAGUGACGACCCUAAUGACAUAGUGCCUCUUACACCAGGCCAUUUUCAAUAG